AUGUCAGAACCUAAACUUAAACGGACUAUAAAAGAACCUAUCGCUACUCUCAUGGUCAAUUCCACCAAUGGUUCUAACAAAAAGGAUGCUGAUAAUGAAGUUUCAAAUAAUUCAAGCAGCAACAUUCAGGGUAAAAAAACUGGUUCGAAUGAUCUGGCUUUUUCGACUCCUCCGAAAAGAAGUCUAAAACUAGAAGAUGCCACUUCAAAGAAAGUCUUUGCCGAAUUGUCUAAUAAAACUGUUGACAGAAAAUCAGAAAAUGGAUCUUCUUCUUCUUCUAUAAAUAAAUCUGAUACUUCAAAAAAAAGGGAAGAAUUGAAAGGUAAUGCAGAUGUUUUAACAAAGCCCAAACAACACUUUAAAAAGCCCGAAAACAAGAAUACUGAAAAGAAUAUAAGAAACAAAGAGAAAGAGAAUUUAGUGUCAGUUUCGAAUGGUCCGCCUCAACAGGGAUCCCAAAUUCAGGCAGUAGUAUCACAGGACACCACUGUUGUUGAUCUAGGAACCAAUACCACACCAAGCAAUCUUACCAUGAUCAAAGAAACCAUUGAUGCUGCUAGCUCAGAAAAUGAGGCAAAUAAAUAUGAACAUCAAUCUGUUGAUGCUAUUAGCAACGAGCGAGCAGUAUCAUCAUCCGAGGAAUCGUUUCCCAGGGCCACUACUAUCAUGGCAUCUCUGUUACCAAAAAAGAAAAACUGGUCAAAUUCCUUAAAAUCUUUACUUUGCUUUAAUUCAAUAGCAGAUGGGGAUAAAUCUGGGUUUGAAGAAUCUGGUGUUUAUGAAAUGCAAAAGCUUCCUGAAAUAUCAACACAAUACCGACUUAAGGAAAUAAAUGGGUUUGGAGUUUUCCCUGCAACACAGUCACUUACUCCAGGGCAGCAAAAGAUGUAUCAAAUAUUGGUCACAACAGCACUAGAGUUAAACUUGGAGUUUUGCAGGUAUUUGGAAAUAUUAAAUGAGCGUUCCAUGAAACAGGAUAUUAAGGACUCAUUUCUGAUUCAAUUUGGUCGUAUUCAUUCGGGGUUGCCUUUCACAGCAAAUCAUACGGCCAGUGGUUCUACUAGAGAAGAACUAUCACAUUUAGGUGAGUUAUUUGACGAAGUUUUCAACAAUAAUAAUACAGUUUGGAUUGCCAACAAAUUUGAGUAUAAUUCCUUUGGAAGAAAAUUUAGAAAAGCGAUUGCGGAGACGUUGGAAUCAGAUUAUCACAUUAGUAUUAGUCGUCGACGAGAUUUGUUUCCUCGACAAAUAAUAGCAGCUAGUUUGUUCCAAUGGAAGAAAAACAUGCAUCUUUCUGAAUAA